AGCCUCCGGCGGCGGCGGGAGGAGCAGCGCCGCCGCCGCCAAGAUGGCCGACCUGGAGGCGGUGCUGGCCGAUGUGAGCUACCUGAUGGCCAUGGAGAAGAGCAAGGCCACGCCGGCCGCGCGCGCCAGCAAGAAGAUCCUGCUGCCCGAGCCCAGCAUCCGCAGUGUCAUGCAGAAGUACCUGGAGGACCGGGGUGAGGUGACUUUCGAGAAGAUCUUCUCCCAAAAACUAGGGUACCUGCUUUUUCGAGACUUCUGCCUGAACCAUCUAGAGGAGGCCAAGCCAUUGGUGGAAUUUUAUGAGGAGAUAAAAAAAUACGAGAAGCUGGAGACAGAGGAGGAGCGCGUGGUCCGCAGCCGUGAGAUCUUUGACUCCUACAUCAUGAAGGAACUGCUGGCCUGCUCACACCCGUUCUCGAAGAGUGCUACGGAGCAUGUCCAGGGUCACCUGGUGAAAAAACAGGUGCCUCCAGAUCUCUUCCAGCCAUACAUCGAGGAGAUUUGUCACAACCUCCAGGGGGACGUGUUCCAGAAGUUCAUUGAGAGUGAUAAGUUUACACGGUUCUGCCAGUGGAAGAAUGUCGAGCUCAACAUCCACUUGACCAUGAAUGACUUUAGUGUGCAUCGUAUCAUCGGGCGUGGAGGCUUUGGCGAGGUCUAUGGGUGCCGGAAAGCAGACACAGGAAAAAUGUAUGCCAUGAAGUGUCUGGACAAAAAACGCAUCAAGAUGAAGCAGGGAGAGACCCUGGCUCUGAACGAGCGGAUCAUGCUUUCCCUCGUCAGCACCGGGGACUGCCCCUUCAUCGUGUGCAUGUCAUAUGCAUUCCACACACCAGACAAGCUCAGCUUCAUCCUGGAUCUCAUGAAUGGUGGGGACCUGCACUACCACCUAUCCCAGCACGGGGUCUUCUCCGAGGCCGACAUGCGCUUCUAUGCAGCUGAGAUCAUCCUGGGCCUUGAACACAUGCACAACCGCUUUGUGGUCUACAGGGACCUGAAGCCUGCCAACAUCCUUCUUGACGAGCAUGGCCAUGUGCGGAUCUCGGACCUGGGCCUGGCCUGCGACUUCUCCAAGAAGAAGCCCCAUGCCAGUGUGGGCACGCAUGGAUACAUGGCCCCUGAGGUCUUGCAGAAGGGUGUGGCCUACGACAGCAGCGCCGACUGGUUCUCCCUGGGCUGCAUGCUCUUCAAGUUGCUGCGGGGGCACAGCCCCUUCCGGCAGCACAAGACCAAAGACAAGCAUGAGAUUGAUCGCAUGACAUUGACAAUGGCCGUGGAGCUGCCUGACUCCUUCUCUCCUGAACUCCGCUCUCUUCUAGAAGGUUUAUUACAGAGGGAUGUCAACCGGAGAUUGGGCUGUCUGGGCCGUGGGGCUCAGGAGGUGAAGGAGAGCCCCUUCUUCCGUUCUCUGGACUGGCAGAUGGUCUUCUUGCAGAAGUACCCACCCCCACUGAUCCCCCCACGUGGGGAGGUGAAUGCUGCUGACGCCUUCGACAUUGGCUCCUUUGAUGAGGAAGACACAAAAGGAAUCAAGUUACUGGACAGUGACCAGGAGCUCUACCGCAACUUCCCCCUCACCAUCUCGGAGCGGUGGCAGCAGGAGGUGGCAGAGACCGUUUUCGACACCAUCAAUGCUGAGACAGAUCGGCUGGAGGCCCGCAAGAAAGCCAAAAACAAGCAGCUGGGACACGAGGAAGACUAUGCCCUGGGCAAGGACUGCAUCAUGCACGGCUACAUGUCCAAGAUGGGCAAUCCUUUCCUAACCCAGUGGCAACGGCGGUACUUCUAUCUGUUUCCCAACCGACUUGAGUGGCGGGGCGAGGGCGAGGCCCCGCAGAGCCUGCUGACCAUGGAAGAGAUCCAGUCCGUGGAAGAGACACAGAUCAAGGAACGGAAGUGUCUCCUACUCAAGAUCCGCGGUGGCAAGCAGUUUGUCCUGCAGUGUGAUAGCGAUCCCGAGCUGGUACAAUGGAAAAAAGAGCUGCGCGACGCCUACCGUGAGGCCCAGCAGCUGGUGCAGCGGGUGCCCAAGAUGAAGAACAAGCCGCGUUCGCCCGUGGUAGAGCUGAGCAAGGUGCCACUGAUCCAGCGUGGUAGUGCCAACGGCCUCUGAUCUGCCCACCUGCCGCCCGCCUGCCCACCCGCCUUUUAUAAACCUCUAAUUUAUUUUGUCGAAUUUUUAUUAUUUGUUUUCCCGCAAAGCGGAAAAGGUUUUAUUUUGUAAUUAUUGUGAUUUCCUGUGGCCCUAGCCUGGCCCAGCCCCCAGGGAGAGGCCCGCUUGCCUUGGCUCCUGCUGCCACCAACCCAGCCACUGUCCAGCACCUCCUUCCCUGACUCCCUGGGGCCUCCCCCUCCUGGUGUCUUCCUGUGGGGGAGAGCAGCAGCCCCCAGCAGUCCUCCUCCACCUCCGUGGGGUGAAGCUGCACCCAGCUCUGCCACGUCAGGCUCUAUGGGCUAUGCUUGGCCCGUGGCAUGGCUGGGUGGCCCAGCAUCCCCUGCCCAAGGGGAGGGUGCAGCACAGGGAUACUACUUGAACUUUCCUACCACAGCAGUCCAGUGACAGAGGGAUAGAGCCUGUAUUGUCCUGCCACUGGUGAGAGGAGAGGGACUUCGUCUCCCCAUCCCUGGAGGCCUCCCACAGUGAUGGGCUCCUGGGCUUCAGGAAAAGCCUCUGUGUCACUACUGCCCCCAUCCCCACCCCCAUUUCCUAGACACUGUGGGGCUAGGCCAAGAGGCUGGCAUUUUCAAUGGCUGCUGCUGGCCUCCCUGCAAGUCCCCUCUUCCUGCCACUGAGUGCCCAGGCUCAGGAGCACAGAAAGGCAACUGUGGAUUGGGCCACACUGGCCUAGCCUGACCCCAGGUCUCCAACCUUGGGAUGAGUGAGGCUCACCUGCCCAGGACCACAGUGGGACAGCCUGGGCAGGCUGGUGGCACAGUGAUAGGGGCCUAGCUGGGGCCAACCCUCCCUGCCACAGCUGGUCAGUGUGCCCCCACCCACACUGCCCAGCUCCCCAGCCCAUGUCCCGUCAGUGCCACCACCUAUGGGUGUCACCUCGCCCAUCGCAUGCCCCCUCGUGCCAGUCGCGCUGCCAUGUGUGGUGUCGUGCCCUGCCCCCCCUGGGGCCAGGCCGGCACACCCUCCCUCCUCUCUUGUCUACUUACUCCUGGGGCGUUUCUUUGCCGAUUUUUGAAUGUGAUUUUAAAGAGUGGAAAAUGAGAAUAUGCGUUUUUAUAAAAAAUGGUGCCUGA